CAUUUCUUAGCAAUCCCUUCCUUGUUCAGUCAGGGGACUCAGCAAUACGGACACCCGCAACCAUCCCUGGAGCGAUGGGCACGCCCUGUGUGUAAACCACGCCAUGACAGAUUCGGGGCGUGCGACGCCCUACAUGAAGAGCCCCAAGCCUCUCGUUGUCGUCAUUAAGUUAGGAACCAGUUCCAUAGUCGAUGAGAAAACCCAUGAGCCACUCUUGUCAAUCUUGUCGCUGAUCGUCGAGACGGCCGUCAAGCUGCGCAAGGAUGGACACAAGGUCAUUAUUGUGUCGUCCGGCGCCAUUGGCGUCGGCCUGAGGCGUAUGGAUGUCGAGAAGAGACCCAAGCACUUGUCUAAGCUGCAAGCUCUGGCGGCAAUCGGCCAGUGCCGCUUGAUGAGUCUUUGGGAUAGCCUCUUUGGACAUCUCCGCCAGCCUAUCUCACAAAUUCUUCUGACGAGAACUGAUAUCGCGGAUCGGACGAGAUACCUAAACGCCCAAAACACCAUCAUGGAGCUCCUGGAGAUGGGUGUCAUACCUAUUGUGAAUGAGAACGACACCCUGGCUGUUGCCGAGAUCAAGUUUGGCGACAAUGACACGCUUUCGGCCAUCACUGCAGCCAUGGUGCACGCCAACUUCCUGUUUCUCAUGACAGACGUGGACUGCUUGUACGACAAGAACCCGCGAACGAAUCCCGACGCUCAACCCAUCGAAGAAGUCGAGGAUAUUAGCACGAUCCGCGCAGAUGUGUCUAGCGCCGGGUCGGCUCUGGGGACUGGUGGCAUGAGCACUAAGAUUGUCGCUGCUCGGCUGGCAACGUCAGCAGGUGUCACCACUAUCAUCACCCGGUCCUCGUCGCCCGGUAACAUCAUCAAAAUUGUCCGGUACCUUCAAGCUCUCAAGUUGUAUGGCUCGUUACAACACACCCCUGUGACGGGAGACGAGGUGGAGGAUCCGCUAUCGCGAUCGACGGCGUCGCUAGCCCUCGAUGCACUGGAGAAGCCGCCGCUGCAUACCCGAUUCCUUCCGCUCCCGCAACCCAUCCGAGAUCGGUACUUCUGGAUCCUUCACGGUCUCGCACCUCACGGUACGAUUUACAUCGACGUCGGCGCCCACCACGCGCUCUCGGACAAGGCCGGACUCCUUCCAGUCGGUGUGCUCGACGUGGAGGGGAACUUCGCCCAGCAAGAAGCCGUGCGCCUCGUUGUCGUCGAGAGGCUAUCGGAGCCUGGCCCGGACGGAAAGGUCUGGGGCGGUACGCCGGUCGAGGUGGGGCGCGCGUUGGUCAACUAUUCAGCACCCGAGAUCAUUCGGAUCAAGGGGCACCGGAGCACCCAGAUCGGAUCGCUCCUAGGCUACGCCGAUAGCGAAUACGUGGCCGACCGCGAGAAUAUUAGCUUACUGCGUAGAGAAAGCCGGCCUGUCACACCUGUGCACGGUACAGCAGAUGAGGACCGAGGGGCCGCCGGCCAUUCAGCAGAUGAGCGAUGAGAACUAGACCACGAAGCUAACACGGCUUUGAGAAAAGACGAACGGGGCUGAGAACACACGGUUACGGGAUUUCGGUAUAAGUGAAGGGAAAAUAAGUUUGAUGGCCCCUGACUUUCAAAAGGGGUAAGAGAUUCCGUAAUUGGCGGGAGAGUGCGCCGUCUCGUAGGAGAAAAGACUUCAUGUUGUGUAGAUAAAAUAUCCAUUUAUAGAUCACACCAAACGCCUCCCAAAAU